AACACAAAUCACACCGUACAAGAACAUGCGGGGAUGGACACUACAUUGUGCAAAGUGUACACGUAGUAGUUAUACUUCUGGUUCCCAUGCCAUGAGGAAGAAAGUUCGAAAUAUGAACAAGGGCGACGAGAUCUUGCAAGGUCAGAAGGAUUCGACAGGUAUUAAAUCAGAAAGAAGAGGCAGAAGAGGGCCAUGUACAAUGGAACGUCGAUUGACAGGAUAGUGCAGGCUAGCCAUGGAUAUAUUUAGCAAAUGUGUAAGGACAGCGUCCCGCAAUUCCGCAAACAAGGAGUGGCUAAUUCCAUGAACGCUGAGUUUGGGAGGACGUCAAGAAAUUCUGUAGUUCAUCCAAAGUUGCAGGCUUAUCAUGUGCCCUGCUUUGAGAGGUUUUCGGAAUUUUUGUGAUUUGGCGAUCUUCACCCAAGACGUUUUUGGCGGAGUAGGCUCUGCUCGCCAUAUUUGAUUAGACAGAGCCAAUUGUUCUGGAUUGAGAAUGGAAGAGGUUAAUGUCCUGAAUCGAUGGGAUGCGCUCCCUGAGGAGUGCAAAUCAAUGAUUCUCGCGGGGCUCUCAACGAAGGAAGUUGCACGCAUUGCGAGAGUAUCCAAGGAGUUUCUGAAAGCAGUAACUGUCCUGAGGAGUUCUGUGCACCUUCUAGUGCUGCCACCGACUCUGUCUAUGUCUGCUUUAGAGGGCAUGGUUGCCGCCCAUCCAAAUCUCAGAUCUUUAAGUUUCAAGCGCUGUGGCUUGAAGCUGAAGAGUUUUGUAUCCAUAAUCAGAGCGGCAGCAACCAGUAAUAGUUCUACAAAAGACAAUAUUAGCAAACUUGAAUCUGAAGGUGGGGAGAAAAAGAAAUCGCGAUCAUUGACGUCAGUAGAUUUCAGAAACUGCAUGCAUCUCUUGGACACAGACGUGAGCUUGCUGUGUUCUCUACAUUCGAAGCUUGAAGAGGUGGACUUUACAAAUUGUCCCUGUUUGAGUGAUAACGCACUUCUUACCCUCUCUCGUUAUCAACAUGUUGAGAAGGUCAAUGAUCCUCUUGAAAACUAUAAGUGUUAUCCCAGAUUCGCAGCAGGCAAUUCAACUGUCAAGGUUAUUCCAGAAGUGGCUCCAGGUGAAGAGAUAGAGACGGAGGAGAUGUUUCUGAAAAAUAAUGAUGCUGCCGUUUUCGAGGAAAUUCAAGGACUGGCUUUGAAUGGUACCAGCCAUUACCGAACUUGGCCUAGGCUAGGGGCUUCAGCAGAUAAGCUUCGGAGAGAAAGUUCUAGCAAGGUCAAGGUGGAAGACGAAAAACUAAGCAAUUCUCCAUAUGCAGCGAGAAGAAGUGAUUUAAAGGUAGCUUCAAGCCUCUCUGCGAAGAAGAGCUAUGCUCAAAUGACGGCCGAGUCUCUAGGUUUGAAGGCAGCUCCGGCAGCUCCAGUUGAUUUCGGCAGGGAGAAAGGAUCUACUUUUUUGGUUCAAGCGUCUCAAACUGCCAAUGUAUUCGAUCAAGCUAUUCCAUCGUCAGCUUCAAAUGACAAAAGUAUGGCUGGCCCACUGUGUUCUCAGACCAAAAAGCCUGUCGAGCUGGAUUCCACCUUGACAUUCAUAGAUUGGAGUAUAACUACUGAUCCCAGCACUAGUAUUGUACCUUUGACUUCUAGGUCUAUUGGCGGAAUGGAGAAUGCCGUUGAUCUGCCCUCAAGUUCGAGUUCCUACUCCGCACCAAGUGAGCCUUUAAUAAGCGAGAUCGCUGCUGCAAACAAAUAUCACGAUAUGUAUAAGCAGUUCUCAGUGAAUGAACAGGAAGAACAAUCAUCUACGGCCAUUCCGGCCUUGAGAGACAGGAUAAAUUCAAGCUCUAUUCAACCAAGCGGCCCGAUCCAUGUGCAUGCUUCUCCCUUAUUGGCUCAAGUAGACGAAAACGGAACGAGGUACUCGAGUGUGAAGACUACCGUCAGUGAUGACAGGAUGACCAGGACGCAGACAAGUGUGUACUAUCCUAAGAAUCACGAGGAAACCUCCAAAUGGAAUGAUACGACGAGGAAAUCAUCUGGCUCAAAGUCUUUCUGUAUUGCUGGCGCUACUGAAAUAAAAGACGAGAGGGUGGACCUUACCCAACGAGCGAAUCGUAGUGCUGAGGGAUUCUGCAGGACCACUAACCAUGUAGGAGUAUUCGCUGUUUCUGACCUAAAGUUUAGAGGUAGAUCAGAGCUUGCUGAUGUGGUGUCCAUCACCGAAGUUCCUACUAAAGGCAUCUCCAUGGAGGGUAUAGGACCGCCAGGUCCUAGAGUCACAAAAAACCCUUCCCAGCUUGCCAUAUGCCUCCCUGGUUCUAUGGUCAUAGGAGGCAAACUAAGAAGAAACAAGCAAACUAGCAAUUUGACUUCAGAUUCUGGCUGUGCUCCUUACUGUGGCCCAGAGUUCGUGCAAGACUUGGGUAAAACUGUGACUUCAGAUGCCGAUGGAAGUGAAUGCAAACGUGUUAGUGGGUUGAGAGCAGUGCUUGUAGCAGGUUGUCCUGAGAUCACAGAUAGGGGUGUGCAGGCUCUGUUAAAGGGCGCGCUGAGAUCUUGUCUUUCUACAUUAGAUGUAUCAAGAUGUGGAGGUGUGACGAAUGCAGGACUUCGAAUACCUGCAAAAUCUGCAUUGCAGCAGUUGAUUGCAGUCCAAAUGCCUGGCAUAAGUAGGCUUGUAUAUCAGCUGCCCGUUCAAAGCCUUUUACAACACCUUAACCUUGCAGGUUGCUACAAGCUUGAGGAGCUGGUGCUGAUGUCUACUACACUGAAAUCUCUGAAUCUCGCGAAUUGCAAGAAACUGACACGGCUUCAGCUAAAGUGUCCUUCUCUGACCGCUCUCAACCUGUCUCUCUGCGACAGUUUGGAGAGAUUUGUCAGUUUUCAGUGCAGCGAGUUACAAAGUUUGAACCUGUUUGGGUGUCGGAUGUUAGUGCAAUCUGCUAUGAAUUCCGCAGUUGAGGUCUCCGUUGCUCUCGAAGAAUUGCGAUGUGGUGGUUGUGACCGUAUCGAAAGGUUGGAUCUGAUGCAACCCAGCUUAUUGACUCUGGAGGUUUCUGGAAGUCAAGCUUUAAGAAGGUUAUUCUGUCAAUCACGCGUUCUGAAAGUAGUUGACGCGAGCGGAUGUAAGAAUCUGGCAGAGGUGUAUCUGUAUUCACCUUACUUACGGCGAAUGCUGUUUUCGAACUGUGCUCUCCUACAGAUACUCGUUAUACCUCUUGAUGCCAUUAAAGAAAGUAUGGAUGCUGCUGCUGCCCAAAGCUGUAGAGGGAAUGGAAGCAGUGGACUUCCCGACGCAUUAGAAAUCUCAAUCAGUGGAUGUAAUAUGCCUGAUAAUGUAAAGAAGAACUUGGGCAAACUAACCAAGCAAUGGCAUUCUUGCUUUAAAUCAACUCAAGCUGCACCGACUGUACAUCGAGGGUAGAUAGUCAAGAGUUCGACCGAAUGUUCCUCCUAUCAUUUGUUUAAGUACACGUCGCGGAAUGUGAGUCAAAUUCAUCUUUGUGACAGCCACAACUUCUAUCAUCAGGCAGUGAUUUUACCGUCAUCAGAGAAUGCGUGGAGAUGAUGAAACUGAUACCUUCAUUCAAGAAGAUUCAUCUGAGGUGAUAAUUGUGACAAGAAUAUUUUCCGAAAAUGUUGUUUGAUUUGAA